AUGGGCGACGAACGGCGGAAAUGGUGGCAUCUAGUCUAUAAGGCGGAAGUUAGGCAUGGGCUUAGCAAAGAAACGAUUGUUAAAGUCGAGGAUAUGCUCGCUAUAGUUGCAACCGAAAAGAAGCUCUGCUUCGAUCGACGCCCGAAAGCCACUAUAUAUAUUGAAGAUAUGGCCGAAUUUGCCCGAGUGAUCCUGACCACUACGGAGAUGACUUUCCUUUGUGGUUGGUAUCGUGUUUAG